UCUUCUCUUAAUAAGCUUUUCUUGCCUUUGUUUAUUUCCUUAGACAAAUCAAUAUGCUGAUUGUGUGUGUAUUUAUAAUCAUAGUUGUCAUUCCAAUAUUCAUAAUUUAUAACCCUUUUUUUCUCUCAUAGUUUAUGAUCAACUUUAAUCUGUUUUUAUAACCAAGAUACUUUCUACUCCAAUAUCAUCAACAUGAGAAACGAUGAUAUCCCAUGUUGUGAGCUGGAUUUUUGGUUGUUUCUAGCCAUAAGUUUUGUCCUUGUGUUAUUUUCAGGCAUUACUUCAGGCCUUGCUCUAGGACUCUUGUCCUUCACCCAAGUUGAUCUUGAGGUCCUUAUUAAGUCUGGUCAGCUUCAUGACCAAAAAAAUGCAGCAAAGAUUCUACCUCUUAUAAAAAAUGAACACCUACUUCUAUGUACUCUUCUUAUAAGCAAAUCACUGGCAAUGGAGGCACUUCCCAUUUUCCUGGACUCAAUCCUUCCAUCUUGGGCUGCUAUUAUUAUGUCAGUCACCCUAGUUGUUGCGUUCGCAGAGGUAAUUCCUCAAGCUGUGUGCUCUCGUUAUGGACUUAGUAUUGGUGCAAAGAUGUCUAGCUUUGUUCGGCUGCUUCUCUUUAUCUUCUUUCCUAUAUCAAAACCAAUCAGCAAGGUGACUGCUUGACUCCUAGGGGAAGGACAUUCUGUACUACUGAGACGGGCCGAGCUAAAGACAUUGGUGGAUUUGCAUGCAAAUGAGGCAGGGAAAGGUGGAGAAUUGUCACAUCACGAAACCAUGAUUAUAAAUGGAGCUCUUGAUUUAACACAGAAGAUUGCUAAAGAUGCAAUGACACCCAUAUCUGAAACUUUUUCUCUUGAAAUAAACUCCAAACUUGACAUGCAAACUAUGGGUUUAAUAGCAAGCAAAGGCCACAGCCGCAUACCUGUCUACUCCGGAAGCAAGACAAAUAUAAUUGGCCUCAUUUUGGUUAAGAAUUUAUUCUUCUGCAACCCUGAAAAUGAAACUCCAAUUAAGCAUAUGACUCUCAGAAGAAUUCCCAGGGUUUAUGACAAUUGGCCUCUUUAUGAUAUAUUGAACCAAUUCCAGAAGGGUCAUAGUCACAUGGCUGCAGUUGUGAGGAGUAAGGAUAUUAAACAUGAUCAUAAAGAUAGUAAUGUUGACAAACAUAGUUUGAUGAAUCUAAAUUUAACUCCAGGAGAAACACAAGCUCACAGUUGUAUAUUUUAUCAAAAGGAACAUUUGACUAUCUCUAAUGAGACAUCACCUUCUUACUCAUUUGAAGAUGGAGAUGUAUGUUGUGGAACUCGACAACCUCUUCAAAUCGACUCGAGUGAAGAGGUUAUUGGGAUCAUAACAAUGGAAGAUGUCAUGGAGGAACUGUUGCAGGAAGACAUAUUGGAUGAAACUGACCAAUAUGUUGAUGUGCACAACAAAAUCAAAAUCAACCUGAGGCAUUUAAGAAGAUCAUCAUCAAGAUCUCCAAAAAGAUGUAUUUCUCACCUUCAUUGGAGGACUCCAGAUCAGUCUCCACUCUCGUCAGACACUCCUGUUUCUAUUGAAUCAUAUAGUAAACCACCUCUAAUAAGAUCAUCACUUUUAUAUGAGUCUUCUCCUGGAAAGUCCACACCGAAUUCUCCAGUUCAAUCUGAGGGUGGUUCUCUUUGUAAUAGCUCACCAUCCUCAUAUAGAGUAUGUCAAAACUCCAAGCUUGGCUACUCACCCAGUUACUGAAUUUUAUUCCUUUCUCAUUACAGAAACUUUGGCUUGAAAUGACAGGGUUCAUCAUAUAAAUAAUAAAUCUCCUAUUGUACCUUUUAUUUAUACUAAAUUAUAUAGUUGGAUCAAUUUUGUUAUGUUUGUAUAAAUGUGUCUUCUUAAUUUAUAAUUAGAGUAAAGAACAG